AUGGCCAACGCCUAUUUUUGGACCCUUCAGCCCUAUUUCAUCCAACUCUCUCACAUCCCCUACGGUUUGUGUGGCAACGUUAUGGCCGCCUACAUGGCUGCGUAUGUUAUAAUCGGCGAUCUUACUGGUACGCAGGCAAGGACUUCGCGGAUUUCUAUCGCUGGCAUCAUGUACUUGCUCUCAUCCCCCGUCGGCAGUGCUCUCGGGACGGUGAACUACCAGUCCAGUGGCUACAUGCUGGUCUUCGGGAUUGAAGUCGUCAUUUCAGCCCUUUCGGCCGUCUAUGUUGUGGCCAGGUUCGACGAUAAACCACCUGGACGCGAGGAGGAACAAGACGGGAAGAAGAAAAUGUUGUCUUUAGAGACAACCAAGACGCCAUUCCAAGUAGUGUUGAGAAACCGGGAGAGCGGAGGGCGACCGCAGAUCCUUGGCCACAUUGUCUGCAUUUCUCUCUUCAUGAUGUCUGCCAGUAUACUCUUCCAUUUAAUUCAGAUCGACGACGACGACUCCUUUAUAUUCCUUUAUACCCGGAAGAAGUUUGACUGGAAUUAUUUCAACUUUACAGUGUGGAGUAUAUUCAGAACUCCAAUUUCUAUCAUAGCGGCUUGCGUGGUGGUGCCUAUCCUGAGCUACCGCCUUGGCAUGAGAGAUACCAUGCUGUCCUUCUUUGUCUCCAUCUCGCAGUUAUUUUAUGGCGUCCUAAUGGGCACAGCUCCUGCAUCUUGGGUCUUCUAUUUGGACGUAGACACACUUAGACAUAUUACAUCCACUCACAAGAAUCACGUAUAUAGUGGUGUCGGGUUGCAAAGACUUCGUGCUUCGGCAUUUCGUGCUCUCGCGGGGGCACUGUCAAAGCUGGCUGAGCAGCAGGAGAUAGGCGCCGUCUUCUCCGUGAUCGGGAUUGGAGAGGCGCUCCUUCCUGUCCCCGUCAGCCCCGUCUACACCGCUGUCUACAACAGCACUCUCGAGGUCUUCUCUGGAAUCGUCUUUCUCGUGCUGGCCUGCGUGAGCGUCUUCAUUGCAACGAUUUAUGUGUAG